CUGGGAAGGGCCCUGGAUCUUUGCUGUCCAGUGUGGUGAAGCUGCCCGCUGGAAUGGUUGCGUGCCAAUUUGUUAACUGCUGUACCCUUGCCUCCGCCUUUCGGUCAGUCACUGCGAAGGUUCUCUGUACCUACCUACCUUUUUGCACUUGUUGAAGACUCGAUUCUUGGACUCCGCGUCUCUUCCGCUUGAGCCCUCCUCUUCGUCUUCUCCUCUUUCACCACUCUAAGCUUUCCACGCCCUACUUCCACUUUCGACACCACUGCAAUUCUCUCUCUCUCUCUUUCUCCUCGCCCCUUUUGCUUCCUUCCAUCUCUUCGCCAGUGCCAAUCCCUUACCUCCAAUUCCAAACCAAAUGCCCACUCCGGCUCCUCUCGCCCACGAUGGCCUACAUCGAGCCACGCCUCAUCCACCUGCUGAACGAUUCCACCACGCCGCAGCUCGCUCACGCUGAUCUCCCGCCCAUUCGCCUGGCCUUCUCCCGUCCCUCCGAGCGACCCUUUCCUCUCGAGCCUGACACGAGCCUUCGCGAAGACCAGUCCAACGCCCCGUCUCUCGCCACCGGCCACGGAGCUGUCGACGACGGCUUUCUGGGACGGGAGCAGAGGAAGGAAGAUGAGUCCAUGCUCGAUCGGGGCGCAGUCAACGGCACUGCGCACUUGCAGCUAAGGCUGCUCCUCGGCGAAGAUCGAGACACGGCAGACUCCUCCUUCUCUAUAAGCAAAAUUCUCGAUGAGGUGCCCGACAGCAAGGACGACACGGCCACCAAGAAGAGACACCGCACUAUAACAAACAAGGACGACUUUGUGCAACUUCCGCAGCCGGUCAAGAAGCAGAAGCCGAUCCAGCCCCAAGUUAUGCCGGCCAUGCCGCCCAUCAUCAACGGCUUACACGAACCACCCCCUGACGCUGCUCUCUUCCCGCCCAUUGCCUCCAACGACUUCAACGAACCUGAGAGCAAUCAGCUGAAGCCGAUGCGGGAAUUCGCGCCUGUGCCGGAAGACAAGGAGACGGAGAAACCCACCGAGACCGAGCCGGCGCCAAACAAGAAUGCGAAAGCCAACAACAGCAAAACCAGGAAAAAGGCUAUGAAGCCGAGGAGGAAAUGGUCCGAAGCCGAGACGAAUCACUUGCUUCUGGGAGUCAAUCGCCAUGGAGUUGGCAAGUGGACCGACAUCCUCGCGGAUCCCGAUUUCAAUUUCAAUGACCGCACUGCUGGUGAUCUCAAGGACCGCUUCCGCACCUGUUGUCCAAACGAGCUGCGUAGGAGCAACAGUGACCCCAAGAUUGCGUCUAUUGCCGUGCCGCCGACGACCCCGACGGAACCGAAGACCAAGGCUAAGGCAAAGACCGGGCUCUUGUCCGAAAACAUACUCAUCGCACAGGAAGAACCCGCCUUGGGGGACCAGCUGCAGGUUCCACAAGCCGAGUCUGACACAUUCCCCAAAAUGAAAAAGAGCAGGGCGCACAGGAAGAAGCUGGAAGACUUGGCCGAGCUAGGCAUUCACGGGCCAUUUAAGAAGUCUCAUAGGCGCGAAAGGCGACCAUUCACAGAUCAAGAUGAUAAACAGAUACUAGAAGGCCUGGACAAAUAUGGGCCUGCUUGGACCAAGAUCCAGAGAGAUCCGCGCUUCAGCCUCUCAGGGCGGCAACCCACGGAUCUCAGGGACAGAGUGCGGAACAAGUACCCUAGCGUGUAUGCCAAGAUUGAAAAGGGUCUGUUCCAGCCCCAAGAUGGCAGAGGGGGCGACACGCUUGAGCCUACGGUCAGCAUGAGCAUCGCCAACAACUUACAGCCGAACCGGCCGCCCCCAAUGGAGGCGAACCUAAACCGGGUCAACUCCAAGGAGGAUUUGCCCAGGUGGCCACUGUCCGUCCUCGACAACGGAGAAUUGCCUGUUGUUCCGCAGGUCUUUGACUUUGGCGAAACCACAACAGUCGCGUUCAUGGGCAGCGCAGGUGAGAUGGACAUUUCCCGCUUGUUGCUGGACGACUCGCAGGUUGGCAAUUCGGCACGGUAUGCGCCUGAUCAACCGUCAGACUCGACGUCACCCUGAACAUCACCGGGAAUCGGGAAUCGGGGACGGGAGAUCUUCUGCGGUUUCCGCCGUGCGAUGACUUGAAGAAUCUCCUGGAUGGCUGGAGCUAUCCUUACCAACGUGGUCCAGCCACACAUGCCUUGCACAUAUACCAGGCAUCCGUCUGGACACAUUUGUUCUUCCUCUUUUUUUUCUUCU